CUCCUUUGGUUUACUGGUCGAUUUGUUCUGGACUCUGGAGGUAACGAUCAUCUUCUGCCUUAAACCUCAUUUUCCAAGUUCAAACCUUUCUUCUUCCAAAUCAAACCGAACCCGCUUCAAUCCUAAAACCUCAAAACCCUUUUGGCAUUUUUUUGUCCGAACCCUAAUAUUCACCGCCACCGCCGAUGUCUCCGGCAGCCGCAGAUUUUUCACACCCAAUUUCAUCAUCAUCAUCUUCAAGACCAUUUUCUCAAAACCCUAAUCCGAUCAUGCCCAGCAGCGCUGGUACUUUCGGACCUCAAUCGGCCUGUUUAAAUUUUGCUGAUAAGUUGCAGAAUGGCGACCUCAGCUUCGAUUUUUCCAACAAGGGUUCUGAUUCUUUGGGUCAUUCUAAGCCCACUAGAAUCAGGCAUCCAGUGAAGAAAAUGAGCCGUAAAAUGAGAGGCCAAGAGGAUAAAGAUGCUUCAAAUGCGGUACACACUUCUUUGGAUUUGAAUUUGGGUAAUAAAUCUUGUGGUAUUGCUAAUAGUACUAGUGAUGAUCGAAGUAGUAGAAAUUUGGGGAAGGAAGCUUCUGGCGGUGGUGGCGUCGAUCAUGUUCAAAGUGGUAAUCUUGGAAAAUUGGGUUCUGUUUUUGGUGCGGAUGGCAGUGGUUUAGGGUCUAAUUUCAAGAACAAUAAUGAAUGUUUUGCAUCAAGAGCUAAUAACACUAGCCAAUCUUCAAGUUCUAAUGGUUGGAGUGGAAGUUUUGUGUCUGCCACUGGGAAUGAUUAUUCGGGGUUGCCCUCUGAUAAUGGUGGCAUUGCUUUUGGAAAUAAUAGGAGUAAUUUGAUGUCGAAUUCGGCCAGUGAAAACCAUAGUUAUGUUUUUUUAGGCGAUAAAAUUAGCUCAGGAGCAAAUGUAAGUUCUGUAUUUGAUGAGGGAAAAGGGGCUUCUUUAUUUGGUUCCACUAAACGUGAUCCGGGAUUGAAGUCAAAUCUGGAAAAUGGAGAUUUUGUCUGGGGAGCUAGUGAGAAUUAUCCAAGUGAAGCAUCGAACAUGAAUUGUGCAAAGUCUGAACCUAUUGUGGGGGACUGUGGAGCUCGUGAGUCAACCAUGUUUGAUAGGCAGGGUUUUGUGUUUGGGGGGAGGAACGGUAUGUUGGCUUCUGAUACUAUGACAGGACAGGAAAGCUCCGGCAACAAUUGUUCUGUUCAACCAGGUAAUAUCAAUUUGGUUUUUGCUUCUGGCAGUUGUAAGACUAAUGUAGAUGAUAGGGACUUUCUUAAGAGGGAUGAUCGAUCCGGCUCCACUACCAGCCUUGGCAGUGAGCAGAAUCUUGGUGGAAAAGAAAAUCAUUUUGGAUUCUCUUUUGGUGCAGCGAUGGAUGACUCUGUAUCACACCUAGGUAUGAGUAGAAAUAGAAGAGUUAAAGGUAAAUUGAAAUUCGUGUCACGGGGUGAGAAAGUGAACGCAGCGAGGAGUAAUUUUCAAAAAGCUGGCUUAAAUGAUUUUGUGAACAGCACUGCAGAGAAGCCUAAUUCAACUCACAGUAGUGAACUUAGGAAUGGCCAAAGCAAGUUGGAUGCUCAAAAAUCUGAAUUUGGAAGUGCCUCUGUGAGGGGGUCUUCUGAUGGAAUGAAGUUUGUAUUUGGAAGCAGUUCCAAUCCUGGUAGUGCCUUUUACAAGGUUCCUUUGUCUAAAUUGUUUGAUGAUAUGAAGAAUUUGAACAUAGACAAUUCCAAACGCAAUAAUCUUACUGAUAAAGCCAAAGUUGUUGGAACUAACUCCUUGUUUGGUUCUGAUAGCAAGAGUGGUGAAAAGGCUUCUGGUACAGUUUUUGGAAAAGAGAAUCAGACAUUGAAUUCAACUGAAAGGAUUUCAAGUUGCGAUGUUCUGAAUGAAAAACAGCCAAGUCAUGGUAACUAUUUGAAUAAAACAUCACAGGGAUCUGGAUUCUCAUCUUUUGCCUCCUCUCAUGUUCAGCAAAAGGGAGUUGGUUCUGAUUCUUCUCCUGCCAUUGAAGUGGAGAAUAAGGGAGAUUUUUGUUUUUCUUCCACACCAGCAGAUGCAUGCUCCAGAAAUGUCAAAUUUGAAUCGUCUUCUUUCACCCCAAAUCUGUUUCCUGGAUUCAGUGUUAAUUUAGAAUUUAGCUCAAACAAUAGAUACACGAGGGACAAAAGGUUGAAGAAGGCAAGAGGAAAGUUGAGGCAAAGAGUCCAAGCCAAAAAUUUGAAUGAGCAGGAUCAGAAGUCCAAAGAAGGCUGUUCCCCUAAACCUUUUGAAUCUCCAGGAUGUUAUUCACCCAUGGAUUUUUCACCUUGUCAGGAUGCCACUAACGAUGUACCAAGUGUUCCAAGCACUUCUACUCCUGCAGGGUGUAAAGGGAAAAGUCCUUUAGCGGGAAGACCUGGAGAACAAGUUCCUAUCAAUUCUAAGAGUCAACAUGAAAACGAGUCAAAGUCCUCUGACCAAAAUGGUAUAUCUGCAAUACGCCAGCAGUACAGGAGAAAAUAUAAGUUGAAAGUUGGUAAUGGUGCGAGUGGAAAAACUUCAGUUCAGAAUUCUGAUUUUUUAUUUCACCCGGCUCAGUCCUCUUCAAAUUCUCCAAACACAUUUCGGAUUGGCCAAGUACAGAGUGGAUUCAUUUCAAAUUCAAAAAGUAAAGCUGAGGAACAAUAUUCCAACCGGCAUUCGUGUGAGGAUGGCAUGAAUGGAGAAUGUGAUCAAUGGCGAAUAAGGGGAAAUGAAGCUUACAAGAUUAGAGAUCUGACCAAAGCUGAGGACUGUUAUACCAACGGUAUAAAUUCUGUGAAAGGAAAUGUGUCAGUAUUUUACUCAAAACCCCUUCUGUUGUGCUAUGCAAAUAGAGCUGCUACACGAAUGUCGCUUGGAAGGUUGCGUGAAGCCUUAGAAGACUGCCAAUUUGCUUGUAGUUUAGAUCCUAGCUAUCUCAAAGCUAGAAUAAGAUCUGCAAAUUGUCAUCUGGUGCUGGGUGAAUUUGAAGAGGCCAUUCUGCACUACAAUAGUUGCCUGGGAUCUGGAAAUACUGUGCACUUAGAUAGGAAAAUUGUGAUUGAAGCUAGUGAAGGCCUACAAAAGGCACAGAAAGCUGCUGACUAUCUGUGUCAGUCUUCUAGUCUCUUGCAACUAACAACUUCAGACUCAGCUAGCUGUGCUUUGGAAAAAAUUGCUAAUGGGUUAUUGAUAAGCUGUUAUUCUGAAAGAUUUCUUCAAAUGAAAGGAGAGGCUUUAUUCCUGUUACGGAGGUAUGACGAGGUGAUAGAACUGUGUGAACAAACUCUUCAUAUUGCUGAAAAGAACUUUAAUGCUGCUCAACUAGCAAGUGAGAGUGAUCUUCAGUGCAAAAACUCAGUAAAGUGCUGGAGGUGGUAUUUGAUGUCGAAGUGCCAAUUUCAUUUGGGAAGGCUUGAAGUGGCUCUUGAUUUGAUUGAAAGACAACAAAACUGUGCAUCUGUCAGUGAGUGGUCCUCAAGUAUGCACCGGGACUCCUUGGCUCCUUUAGCUGCCACUAUCCAUGACCUUCUAGAGAAGAAGAAAGCAGGAAAUGAAGCAUUUCAAUCUGGGAAGCAUUCGGAGGCGGUAGAGCUCUACACAGCUGCUAUAUCUCGCUCUCUUGAUUCACGUCCAUUUGCAGCUGUCUGUUUCUGCAACCGUGCUGCUGCCCACCAAGCACUCGGCCUAGUUGCUGAUGCCAUUGCUGAUUGUAGCGUAGCAAUUGCUCUUGACGAGGAUUAUCUGAAGGCAAUAUCUAGGAGAGCUACUUUGCAUGAACUGAUUAGAGACUACAAACAAGCAAUUAGUGAUCUUCAGAGACUUGUAUCUCUGUUGGAGAAUCAGUCACAAAAAAAAUCUCAACAAUCUGGCAAACUGGAGGGAUCAAGUGGAAGUGAUGCUAAGGAAUUGAAACAAGCUCGACGUCGUCUUUCCCUGAUGGAGGAGAAGGCAAAGGAGGGAACUCUGAUGGAUCUUUACCUCAUACUGGGACUAAAACCAUCCGAUUCAGAGGCUGAAAUAAAGAAGGCAUACCGAAAGGCAGCUCUCAAGCAUCAUCCGGACAAGGCUGGCCAGUACUUGGCAAGGACGGAUGGUGGAGAUGAUGGGAGAUUAUGGAAAGACAUUGUUGAAAAGGUGCAUGAAGAUGCUGACAGGUUGUUUAAAAUGAUUGGCGAGGCAUACGCUAUCCUUUCUGAUGCAGACAAGCGUUCAAAGUACAACUUGGAAGAGGAAAUUAGGAAUGGUUUCAGAGAUAGCAAGAGGAACCCUGAUUCUGGAAGAUCAUCAAAUUAUUACAGUUCUCCAUACGAGAGGCAUAAUUGGUCUGGUAGAGAAACAAACUAUUCGAGUUCAACAUCAGAAAGAAGCAGAAGCAGGCGAAAUUGGCAAGAAUGGAGAUCAUAUGCGGACUCACACAGUCGAUGGUGAGAUUUAGAAUUGAGAUUCAUCAGAGUCGGAUGACUACUGGGAAACCAGUGUAAGCAAAAAUGUGAAUUAUACACAACUUUCCCAGGAUAACUCACAAAUAUUUGAACGGCUUUUGCCAGUAUUGUAGACCUCUGUCCCAUUUCAAGCCCAACCCAAAAAUAUUGUCCAUCCAUCUCCAAAUGCGAAACUGUAUAUAAUUUCUUUUCUUUUUUACUUUUUAUCAUUAUUGUUUUGCCUUUGACAUAGGGAAUCGAUUAAAGUUUAUCAUCUUUUCAAAUAUUUAUUUGUGUAUUGUUCACCGGACCUUUUACAUUUAUUUGAUCAACAACGU